CUACAAAGGAAGCGCCAAAGAGAGGAAUAGAUCCGUCUUUAUUGAAAGGUGGGCACCGGGAUUGUAAACCAAUUCCCGACAUGAUGGAAGCACAGAUAGGUAAUCAUUUACAGUUCAUACAGUAGACUGUGUAUAGAAAGGUCCCUACUCACAUGCAGAUGUUUUUGGUGUCUGUGUUUGAUUACCUGUCGGGAAGAACUGGCCCAUUAUUGAAUUAAUCAGAAACAAAUUGGAAAGAAAAGCUUUAAAACAACACAGGUCGAGCACUAAAUAUUUUAUGGCACCAUAGGUAAUUAACUACGGGACCAGUGUUUCCUCCACAUUUUUUAAAUUCAUUGACUAUCUGUACCAUAUUUAUUUUGAAAAUUAAUUGAUUAACAUUUUUAGAAAUACUUGCGCUAUUGUUCGUGGACAGAGUCACGGAACCUUUUAAGAGGUCAAUGUUUCUUCACGUCGGCUAAAGCGACGGACCGAGUGAGCUUCCCGACAUGCGCCAUUGAAAACAAACGUAGCAAAAUCGGCGGGGGCUCAUACAUUUUAAUGCCAACGCGCCAGAGGGAUUAUUUCGUCUUUAACAAAGUUACGACACAUUAAUAAACGAUGGAGACAAUUUUAGAGCAACAGCGUCGGUAUCACGAAGAGAAGGAGCGGCUGAUGGACGCCAAAACCAAAGAAAUGUUGCAUAAGAAGUCCACGCUCCGGGAACAGAUUAACUCUGACCAUCGAACUAGAGCAAUGUUGGAUAGGUAUAUGGAAGUGAGCGGAAAUCUCAGAGACUCGUAUGAAGACAAAGAUGGAAUGAGAAAAGAUGAACUUGGUGCAAUCUCCGGACCAAAUGAGUUUGCAGAGUUCUACAACAGACUGAAACACAUAAAGGAGUUUCACCGAAAGCACCCGAAUGAGAUUUCCAUUCCCAUGUCUGUGGAGUUUGAGGAGCUUAUGAAGGCCAGAGACAACCCGAGCGAGGAGGCUCAGAACCUGGUAGAGUUCUCCGACGAGGAAGGAUACGGCCGCUACCUCGACCUCCACGACUGCUACCUGAAGUACAUCAACCUGAAGGGCGCCGAGAAACUCGAGUACAUCUCUUACCUGUCUUCAUUCGACCAGCUUUUUGACAUCCCCAAAGACAGGAAGAAUGCUGAAUACAAAAAGUAUUUGGAGAUGCUGCUGGAGUAUCUGCAGGACUACACCGACCGGGUCAAACCUCUGCUGGACCAGAACGAGCUCUACGGCAAAGUGCUGUUGGACUUUGAAAAGAAAUGGGACAAUGGGACGUUUCCAGGCUGGCCUAAAGAGACGAGCAGCGCGUUGACACAUGCCGGAGCUCAUCUUGACCUCUCUGCUUUCUCUUCUUGGGAGGAGUUGGCCUCUUUGGGUCUGGACAGGUUAAAGUCAGCCCUCAUGGCGUUGGGACUGAAGUGUGGAGGGACUCUGGAGGAGAGAGCACAGAGGCUCUUCAGCACAAAAGGCAAAUCCCUGGAAUUGCUGGACCCGUCCCUGUUUGCCAAGAACCCCAAAGCCAAAGGCCCCAAAAAAGACACCGAGCGUAACAAGGAAAUCGCCUUCUUUGAAGCUCAAGUCUAUGAGUACGUGGAGAUCCUCGGGGAGCAGAGACAGCUGACCCACGAGAACGUCCAGAGGAAGCAGGCCAGGACCGGAGAGGAGCGCGAGGAGGAGGACGAGGAGCAGCUCAGCGAGAGCGAGAGCGAGGACGAGGACAACGAGAUCAUCUACAACCCCAAGAACCUGCCGCUGGGAUGGGACGGCAAGCCCAUUCCCUACUGGCUCUACAAACUCCACGGGCUGAACAUCAACUACAACUGUGAGAUCUGCGGGAACUACACCUACCGGGGGCCCAAGGCCUUCCAGAGGCACUUUGCGGAGUGGAGGCACGCUCACGGCAUGCGCUGCCUGGGGAUCCCCAACACGGCCCACUUCGCCAACGUCACGCAGAUCGAGGACGCCGUCUCUCUGUGGGCGAAGCUGAAGUCCCAGAAGGCAUCCGAGCGCUGGCAGCCGGAUACCGAGGAAGAGUACGAGGACUCGAGUGGCAACGUGGUCAACAAGAAGACCUACGAGGAUCUGAAGAGACAAGGAUUGCUGUAGAUCAAGGAGAUUAUGAGGCAGAAAAACUGAAAAAAAAAUCCACAAGUAACGAGCGUCCUUUAAGAUUUGCGAUAUUUUGUAUCACCCGUGUUUUCUUUUUAUUUGUAAGUAGUAAUGUUGUUUUACAGACUUUGUAAUGUCGCCACCUUUUGACCGUUCUAAUAAACUGAGUACUUUUGUCA